CCCUCGGCCGCCGGCCCCGCCCGGCCCCGCGCCUGGCCCCGGCCCUCCGAGCAGUGUCCUCCUCCUUCCCUUCUUUCCUCCCUCCCGGUUCCCCGCCCCGCUUCUCCUUCUCUUCCUCCGCCUCCGGCUCCUGCUCGCUCGGUCUCCGGCUCCGGCGCCGGCUCCUGCUCCUCCUGGCCGCCCGGGGCCAAGGCGACGAGAGGUUGUAAAAAUCCAUGUGGGACGGCCCCGGGGCGAGCAUCCGAAAGAUCUCUGAGUGGAGUUAUUUUCUGGUACGGACUGUGAAAAGAAUGCGGUGAAAAUUCUGGACAAUCGUGGAAAUAUUAGCUCAAACCCCAACUUAAUAUAGCAUUUCUUCUCUUCAGUAACACCUCAUAAUACAAGAAAAAUGUAUGGAAGUGCAAGAACAAUCACCAAUCUGGAAGGUAGCCCUUCCAGAUCCCCUCGUUUGCCAAGGUCUCCUCGUUUGGGCCACCGAAGAACAAGUAGUGGGGGAGGUGGAGGAGCAGGCAAGACUCUGUCUAUGGAGAAUAUCCAGUCCCUCAAUGCAGCCUAUGCUACGUCUGGACCCAUGUAUCUGAGUGAUCAUGAAGGGGUGGCUUCAACAACUUACCCAAAGGGCACUAUGACUCUGGGAAGGGCUACGAAUCGAGCUGUAUAUGGAGGCCGUGUCACAGCCAUGGGGAGUAGUCCCAAUAUUGCUUCUGCUGGACUUUCCCACACAGAUGUCCUUUCAUACACAGAUCAACAUGGUGGGCUGACUGGCUCAUCCCAUCAUCACCAUCACCAGGUCCCCUCCAUGUUGAGGCAGGUAAGAGACAGCACAAUGUUAGAUCUUCAGGCCCAGCUGAAAGAACUGCAGAGAGAGAAUGACCUCCUCCGGAAAGAGCUAGACAUCAAGGACAGCAAAUUAGGAUCUUCCAUGAACAGUAUUAAGACUUUCUGGAGUCCUGAGCUUAAGAAGGAGAGAGUCUUGAGGAAAGAAGAGGCAGCGCGGAUGUCUGUCCUCAAGGAGCAGAUGAGGGUUUCCCAUGAAGAAAAUCAGUUACUGGAUGCCAGAAGAACCAAGCACCUACAGUUGACAAUCCAGGCCCUUCAAGACGAGCUGCGAACCCAGAGAGACCUCAACCACCUCCUCCAGCAAGAGAGUGGCAACCGAGGAGCGGAGCACUUCACCAUCGAGCUGACCGAGGAGAACUUCAGGCGACUCCAAGCUGAGCAUGACAGGCAGGCUAAGGAGCUGUUCCUUUUGAGAAAGACAUUAGAGGAAAUGGAGCUGAGAAUUGAAACGCAGAAACAAACCCUCAAUGCCCGAGAUGAGUCAAUUAAAAAACUUCUUGAGAUGUUGCAAAGUAAAGGCUUGCCAUCCAAAAGCCUGGAGGAUGACAAUGAGCGAACGCGGCGGAUGGCAGAGGCUGAGUCUCAGGUCAGCCACUUGGAAGUGAUUUUAGACCAGAAAGAGAAGGAAAACAUACAUCUUAGAGAGGAAUUGCACCGAAGAAGCCAACUUCAGCCGGAGCCAGCCAAGACGAAGGCUCUCCAGACUGUCAUCGAAAUGAAGGACACAAAAAUUGCUUCAUUGGAGCGAAACAUAAGGGAUCUUGAGGAUGAGAUCCAGAUGUUAAAAGCCAAUGGUGUGCUGAACACUGAGGACCGCGAAGAAGAGAUCAAACAAAUUGAGGUUUACAAAAGUCACUCCAAGUUUAUGAAGACCAAGAUUGAUCAGCUGAAGCAGGAACUUUCAAAGAAAGAGUCAGAACUUCUUGCCUUACAAACAAAGCUUGAAACCCUCAGCAAUCAAAAUUCAGAUUGCAAGCAACACAUUGAAGUGCUCAAAGAGUCGCUUACUGCCAAAGAACAGAGGGCUGCCAUCCUUCAGACUGAGGUAGAUGCACUGAGAUUACGACUGGAAGAAAAAGAAUCUUUCCUCAAUAAAAAAACAAAACAGCUGCAGGACCUCACAGAAGAGAAGGGGACACUGGCCGGUGAGAUUCGUGACAUGAAAGAUAUGUUAGAAGUGAAGGAAAGAAAAAUCAAUGUUCUUCAGAAAAAGAUUGAAAACUUGCAAGAACAACUUAGGGAUAAAGACAAGCAACUGACCAACCUGAAAGACAGAGUGAAGUCCUUGCAGACGGAUUCCAGUAAUACAGAUACUGCACUGGCAACGCUAGAGGAAGCUCUGUCAGAGAAGGAGAGAAUAAUUGAGCGCUUGAAAGAACAGCGAGAAAGAGAUGAUCGGGAAAGACUAGAAGAGAUAGAAUCCUUCCGAAAAGAGAACAAAGACCUGAAAGAGAAGGUCAAUGCUUUACAGGCUGAACUGACUGAGAAAGAGUCUAGUUUAAUUGACCUCAAAGAACAUGCGUCUUCAUUAGCCUCUGCAGGGCUGAAAAGGGAUUCCAAAUUAAAAUCUCUAGAAAUAGCCAUCGAACAAAAGAAAGAGGAAUGUAGCAAAUUGGAAGCACAGUUAAAAAAGCAAGCUGAGCAGUUGUUCAAUCAGAUGUACAACCCAGCACAUAAUAUUGAAGAUGACUCCAGGAUGAACCCUGAGUUUGCAGACCGAAUAAAACAGCUCGAUAAAGAGGCGUCUUACUACCGAGACGAGUGUGGCAAGGCCCAAGCGGAAGUGGACCGGUUGCUGGAGAUCCUCAAAGAGGUGGAGAAUGAGAAGAAUGACAAGGACAAGAAGAUCGCAGAACUGGAGAGCUUGACUCUCAGGCAUAUGAAAGAUCAGAAUAAGAAGGUGGCCAACCUCAAGCACAAUCAACAGUUGGAAAAGAAGAAAAAUGCUCAGUUACUAGAAGAAGUGCGCAGGCGAGAAGACAGCAUGGCUGACAACUCACAGCAUUUGCAGAUAGAGGAACUGAUGAAUGCACUGGAGAAGACCAGACAGGAACUGGAUGCCACCAAAGCACGUCUCGCCUCCACACAGCAGUCCCUGGCCGAAAAAGAAGCACACUUGGCCAACCUCCGGAUCGAGAGGAGGAAACAGCUGGAGGAGAUCCUGGAGAUGAAACAGGAAGCACUACUUGCAGCCAUCAGUGAAAAAGAUGCAAACAUUGCCUUGCUGGAACUGUCUGCCUCCAAAAAGAAAAAGACGCAGGAAGAAGUCAUGGCCCUCAAGCGGGAAAAAGACCGACUAGUACAUCAAUUAAAGCAGCAGACCCAGAACAGAAUGAAGUUGAUGGCAGACAACUAUGAUGAGGACCAUCACCAUUACCACCACCACCACCAUCACCACCACCAUCGAUCUCCUGGGAGGUCGCAACAUUCCAAUCACAGGCCCUCUCCGGACCAGGAUGACGAGGAGGGCAUAUGGGCAUAGCCGGGCCUGUAAAGCAAAGUUCCAGUUUUGUUUUGAGGGAUGAUCCAGCUCUGUCGGAGGCACGUAGGCACAGCCAAAUCUCAUGCUGUACAUUGAUCACCUGUCCAACCUUUGCCUAGAGUGGGAGCCCCCAGUUCCUUCGAGAUCCAACAUUACCUGUCUGUAAAGAAGAAGAGGAGGAGGGAGACAGCGGGGAGGAUCCGGUGGCAGUUUAACACCAGAGCAGCUAUCAGAAGGGCUGAAUAAAGGGAACAUGCAGCUCUGCAGCAAUAUUCUGAUAAUCUAUUGCAGUGCAGCUCACAUCACUGUCCACCACCACCUGGAGCGGCUCAUCAGAACUGAAGGGGAGUUUUCACUUACAUUAUUGAGCGUGAUUCUGUUCUACUUGAUAUUUCCUUCAUCACCUCAUGUCAUUUCUCAUGGAUUUGGAUAUGAUGGAAAGGAAGAAUGCAGAGGAGGAGAAAAGUGACAGAUCCUCCAUUUUUGUCGGGAUGCGGGCAUUUUGAAUGUGAUCAUCUUUGCUGAAUGUCAUUAUUUGAUAACAUUUUGUUUAUGUUACUUAAACAUCAUUGGAUAAAUUUGAACUCCACGAGAUUUUAUCUGUGGAUUCAGCUUCUGUUGGACAACUAGCCUCAUCUCCAGUAUCCUGCUGGUUCAGUCUAAUUGGUCAUUCCUAAUGCAUUAGAUUAUCAAAAACUAUAAAUUCGCUGUGAGUGAGUGGUGUUGGCAGUGUUUGUAUACCAUGAUGCAUGGAGUGUUUGACGAAGAAACAAAAAACACCAAAAAUUGCGAGCCUUUACCCUCCUCUAUUUCUUUAAUCUGUUGUUUGAAGAACCACAUUUUGAGGGUGUAACCAGUAGUUACCUCUGGGCCAGGUUGGAAAUGAAAUCAAUUUUUUAAACCACUAAUACUUGCCAAGAAAUCGCCUUAUGAGAACAUGGUGUGUGUCUCUGACAAUGCGUGGCACAUCUAAAUUGAUCAUUCAUAAUUUUAUCUACCCGGUCAUGUACUGGAGAGUGGCAAAAGCCUGAGGCACCUGCAUAUCUCUAGUCCCUGUGUUCCACACAUCCCCACGGUGGACACGCCACCAAGCCUCAGACUCUUACCAUCCCGGUACAUGCAGGUCUCCAUGAAGAAGCUGGGACUCAUUCACGUUUCAAGAUCCAAAUGCUGUGCAAACAGUGUAAGCUUAGAUUUUCUGUAAAUGAAGGGUCAUUUCUCUUUUUUUUUUUUUUUUAAAGAAAAUGUGUCUGCAACAUGGAUUCCAAAGCAUUUUCAGCAUCAAACAUGAAAACAUUGAUGAAUGAGGAACAAUCACAAAAGCUGUGUCUCUGUAUAUAGCUCUACACAACAUGUAUGUGGAUACAGUCAUUAUUUAAAGCACAUGCCAGGGAAAAAGACCAAAUUUUGAGGUCUUUUACAUACAGUGAUAUGGUACUAAGGAGAAUUAAACUCCUACUGCUUCCUCUGAAUAUUAAGAAACAAUUAAAAUUGUUAUAACUUCAUAAAACUUAUGACUGAGUCUGGCAAACAUGUGCAACUCUUGUAUUGCUCCAUUUUCUUGUCAAUGGAAGAAACCCUUCCACGUGUAUGCAAGUGGGAGAUGAAAACCUGCAUUUUUAAAGGACAAACAGUGAAUUUAAGCAUGAGUGGCCUUAAUAAAUAUAGUUGUCUUUCUUUGCUGCUGUGGAAAGGAUUCUAAACAGAUGUCCCUGAAGUCUUGCAUUGAAUUUAGUCAUUAUUAUUACUUUUUAAAAUGUUGAUGCAAUUAACUCUGGACCUCUCUUGUGAGCCAUAGAGAUAUUUAAAAGACAAACACCUUAUUUGUUGGGGAAGAUGAAACCAUCCCUGAGUUGCACCAUUCUUUCUUGGUGCAUUCGUGCUUAAGAUACUCAAGCAGGUUUCUUGCUUCUGGCUUUGUUCUUGUCAUCAGUAAGUGUAACAAACUAUGUAAUGCUUACGUGUUGCAUAAACAAUCCAAAUGCAUUCAUGUUUUAAAAGUUUGUCCUUUAACUAUCAGAGGGAUCUAGGUCUUGGUUAGAGAAGUAAGCAGAGUUCUUUGCAAGCUUAUUUAGCACAUUUUGACACAAUGUUGCACUGAAAACCCAGGCCACAAAUGCGUCCCAGUGAACAGUUUGGAUGUCCUCAAAGAAGUGGUUCUCACUGCCUCCUACAACCAGGUCUUGACCUGAACUCUGCAAAUGAAUACUUGAAGUAGGAAGUAGGAAAGCCAGUAGGGAAAAUAGGGUCCUUGAAACAGAAAAAAACAACCAACCCAUGUAUAGCUAGCUAUUUCUAUGUAUGUGCCAAUUUUGUCACAGCUCUUGUUUGGAGGGAUCAUUUUCUGCCCAACUUUCGUUGGUUAAAAGUAUUACUGAUCUUACCUUUAUGAGGGCAUAUCAUUUAGUCCCUUAAAAAUUAAAUUCUCUCUAACAUAACAACCUUUCCCAUUUCAUGUAAUAUUCUCUGAUGUUUGGGGGUUACCAAAAAUAUCCCUUUUUCACAUAUUAAGAAUAUUCUCUGGGUUUACAACAAACACUGUGAUGUUGGGAAGCUAUUUCCUUUGCGCAAACUUUAGCAGGUUUCCUUCUAAUCAUAACAUAGUUGAAAAAAGAAGUUUGGGCUAACAUUUAGGAGAAGUUGGUCUUACUUUGUGCAAAAGCAGGCUUGUACUUUAUACCCCAUUUGAUUUCGAUGUACAGUCUCAAUUUUGUAUUUAAUGAUUUUUGUGUAUCCAGUAUGCACGUUAACAGCGUGUCAACUUUCAUUUGAAAGUGGGUUUCAAUUUACUUUUUAAACAGUGUUUAUGACGAGACCUCAAAUGUGUUGACAUAAGCUCUAUCUGCAAUGUUUUUGUGUAGAGUGGCGAUUGAAUGCUGCCGAGGGUCAGUGUAUCUAAUUCCCCGAGACCCUCGUUUGAUAGUGCUUCUUGUAAUAUUUCCUCAAGUGAGUGGCAUGUGGGUUGUGAUAUUGACCAUGUGAUUAUGGACAUCGAUAUGAAAAAUAAAUAAAUAAAACUAAGGAACCCUGGAAACUACCAGUGGGCAUGUAUUAGCCAGUCAUUGUAACCUCGUGUCUAGUAGAACAAUGUACAAGGUAUGUACAGUUCAUAAAUUUGUUAUCAUGUGUAUGAGAAGUACUUUGUGCUGAUCGCCUUAUUUAUAUUCAUCAAAUAAACCUCGUUUCUUUCUGAA